AUGCCGAAGCGAAAGACGGAAGCUGUUGAUUAUCUAGACACACCAACGAAAAGGUCUCGAAUCAGUAUUGCACAUUUGACAGAGAAAAGUCCUUACACAAAAACCAACAGUGCAGAUGGAGAGCGAAGAGAUGCUGCGCAGAAAACUCAAUCGGCCGCUCAGGAUGACCAAACUGGCGAUCAGGAUUCAAGAGUCUACGUGCUGGUCUACAAAUCCUCGGCAAAGCACUGGGAUGAGCCUGAAGUGGCAAUUGAAGGUGUCUUCAAGACUGAAGCGGCAGCAGAAAAAGCAUUCAGAAAGUCGUGUGCUUCUCAUUGUGAUGUGGAGCCAUACGACCCGCCUUCCAUUUCUCCUGGAAUUCCACGGCACACACCUGGCAAGCCGGAUCGUGUAUGGGAAUGCUCUUUCCAGCACGAAGAAUUGAGCUACACCCAAAUAUGGGUCGAGGAGCAUAUAUUUGGCGAUGCAGCCAUUAAUGCUGAGAAACGCGACUCCGAAGGCGACGAAGCUUCUUCGUGA